UGGUGGGCAGUUGACCGUUCUUGGUGGGGGGAGAGUAGGCCUGGGUGAGGGAUGAGGUUGGGGGGUGCAGAGGGAAGAGAUGGAGUGGAGGGCAAGACCUGAUGACCCCUUUCCCUGCUUUGCCCCACAUCGGGGAGGUGGGGUGAGAAGCCAGGCCCCUGAGUGCGGAUGGAAGAGGAAUGCUGGCCGGGUCCGCUCACAAAAAAACGUGACGAGGCGACGCUCAAUCCGCCAGACACAGAUAUCCGGGACUCUGGGAAGAAGCCGGUGAUGCUGUUUCUGCACGGCGGCUCCUACAUGGAGGGUACCGGGAACAUGUUCGACGGCUCCGUCCUGGCCGCCUACGGCAACGUCAUCGUAGCCACGCUCAACUACCGGCUUGGGGUGCUCGGCUUUCUCAGCACCGGAGACCAAGCUGCGAAAGGCAACUACGGACUCCUGGACCAGAUUCAGGCCCUGCGCUGGCUCAGUGAGAACAUUGCCCACUUUGGGGGUGACCCCGAGCGCAUCACCAUCUUUGGAUCGGGGGCAGGGGCCUCCUGCGUCAACCUUCUGAUCCUCUCUCACCACUCAGAAGGGUUGUUCCAGAAGGCCAUCGCCCAGAGCGGCACUGCCAUCUCCAGCUGGUCUGUCAACUACCAGCCGCUCAAAUACACGCGGCUGCUGGCGGCCAAAGUGGGCUGCGACCGGGAGGACAGCGCCGAAGCCGUGGAGUGCCUGCGCCGGAAGCCCUCCCGGGAGCUGGUGGACCAGGACGUGCAGCCCGCCCGCUACCACAUCGCCUUCGGGCCCGUGGUGGACGGUGACGUCGUCCCCGAUGACCCUGAGAUCCUCAUGCAGCAGGGAGAAUUCCUCAACUAUGACAUGCUCAUCGGCGUCAACCAAGGAGAGGGCCUCAAGUUCGUAGAGGACUCCGCCGAGAGCGAGGACGGUGUGUCCGCCAGCGCCUUUGACUUCACCGUCUCCAACUUCGUGGACAACCUGUACGGCUACCCGGAGGGCAAGGACGUGCUUCGGGAGACCAUCAAGUUUAUGUACACGGACUGGGCCGACCGGGACAACGGCGAAAUGCGGAGAAAGACCCUGCUGGCGCUCUUUACAGACCACCAGUGGGUGGCACCGGCUGUGGCCACCGCCAAGCUGCACGCUGACUACCAGUCCCCCGUGUACUUUUAUACCUUCUACCACCACUGCCAGGCUGAGGGCCGGCCCGAGUGGGCGGACGCGGCGCACGGGGACGAGCUGCCCUACGUCUUUGGCGUGCCCAUGGUGGGCGCCACCGACCUCUUCCCCUGCAACUUCUCCAAGAACGACGUCAUGCUCAGCGCUGUGGUCAUGACCUACUGGACCAACUUCGCCAAGACUGGCGACCCCAACCACCCGGUACCGCAGGACACCAAGUUCAUCCACACGAAGCCCAACCGCUUCGAGGAGGUGGUGUGGAGCAAGUUCAACAGCAAGGAGAAGCAGUACCUGCACAUAGGCCUGAAGCCGCGCGUGCGCGACAACUACCGCGCCAACAAGGUGGCCUUCUGGCUGGAGCUCGUGCCGCACCUGCACAACCUGCACACGGAGCUCUUCACCACCACCACGCGCCUGCCGCCCUACGCCACGCGCUGGCCGCCGCGCCCGCCCCCCGGCGCCCCGGGGUGA